AUGGUAUUUGUUAGUUGGUCAAGUGAUGGACUAAGGAUGUAUGAAUUAGAUGAGAGUAAAAAGAUUAAACAACUUGAACAUCAACCGUCUAAUUCUAUCAAGUGUUUAUCUAUAGCAAAAUCAAGUCAAUGUCUUGGUUAUCUGGAUGAAACAAAAGUGACCUUGAUUAAUGCUGAUAGCCAAUCUGUAUAUUCUACUAUUCCAAUUGAAUCAGCUGCACGUUUUCUUAUUUCACCAUGUGGAAAAUUUGGUUUUAUUUAUAAAUCAUUUCGAGUUGAUAAUGAAAACCCGAAUGGUUUACCAAAUCUCUUCGUUUAUGAUUUUAUCAAAGGGAUAAAGCUUAAAGAGUAUAUAUAUAAAAAAGGUGAUGGUUGGCAACCACAGUGGAAUUCAAAUUCAUCUUUAUGUUCGAUAUUUGUCAAUGGUGAAAUUCAUAUCUAUGCAAAUAAUCAAUUUUCUGAAAAACCGUGUACAAAAUUAUCACUCAAAGGUAUUCGACAUUUUUCUAUGAGUAGUUCAAUUCAACCAAAUUUUGCUGUAUAUAUACCUGGAGAUAAGAAUCAACCGUCAUUUGUUCGGAUUUAUCAUUAUGCUGAUAAUCAGUUGACACCUGUGGCGAGUAAAUCAUUCUUCCGUGCUGAUACAGUCCGACUGUUGUGGAAUGACAAAGGAACGGAUCUUCUGGUGCUUACAUCAACUAAGGUAAUAUUAGUAUAA